GUGUUCUCGGGGCGGGUGUAUGUCCACAUCCUCUUGAGUACACCUAGCCUCUACCCUUACCUUGCUCGACUCGCUAGCGUUUGCAUCCCACAAACCUCGACCAGCUUCUCAGUUGACUGCGUCACCGCCACCCGAAGGUUGUACCCGAGCGUAGCUGCAGGCGGUAACUGUCGGAGAGUACUACUGUGAACGAGGGAAGACUGUCGCAAUGAAGUUUAUAUCGAGCCUAGCUGUAGUCCUGGCCAUUGCCAUGACUACACAGGGCUGUCCCUUCUUCAUGUCUCUGGAUGAGGCCAACAACUGCGUCUUUGAUCCCUUGCGGGCUUUGAGCAGCAACCGUGAAGAUAUCGAAGGUUUAAAAAGAGAGAAGCGGGAAGUGGACACUGAUCCCCAACAAGGGUUAAGAAGAGAGAAGCGGCAAGUGGGAUCUAACUGCCCGUUCUGUGCCGAUGGUGUUGUGAUGCUGUACCCUGACUGGACUGACACAACCUGCUCUUCUUUCUUUUUUGCUUUGGGGGCGUCAACACUAGAUACAGCUGCGAUGCAACAAGACCUUAUCUUCAACCCCACAACCAAAGCAUGCGAACCCAUCAUAAACCCUUCCAACGUAUGUUUUUACCGCUCCUUCGUCUCUUAAAGGCAGCUUGUCAUCAUCAGAGGCACAAGAUGAUCUGACCUAUCAUAAGUUGUUAGUCGGAGCCAAUAAUGUAGAUUUUUAGUGAUCAGUGUCCAUGAAUAUGAUUAAGUGCUAACCUCAGACUAAAACUGCAUCACAAAAAAACAUGUUUUCGUGAUAACAAAGAUUUUCUUUAACAUGAAAUGUCACAAAUGUAAUCCAACUAUAUAGUACUGUGUGUCAUAAAUGUCAUUUGACCUCCACACCACAAUGGUUGAACCUUUCAAGAGAUCGAGUUUUGUAUAGUAAACAGAAAAAAAUCAACACUUUGGGUAACUGCAUAAUUUAGGAUUUGAACCAAAUAAAUUAAAAAAAUUGUUUGUUACA